GGAGGUGCUGGAGGGGCCUGCGGAGGAGCACCUGCACCAGGAUGACGAGUACUCGCCCUUCGUCGACGACUCGAUCUACGCCGCGCGGCCCGACCUGCUGCGCGAGAUCGGCUACUUCAAGGAGCCGCGCAACGGCCGCAAGAUCGAGGCCGACACGUUGCUGCAGUUUGUCGAGUUUGCGUGCUCCGAGGAGCUGCCGGCGGGGCACCUCCUCGCUCGCAUGGCUUUCGACGACGGCACGAUCGAGGUGAUCGACCGCGGCGCAGAGUACGACGUGCGAGUCGACGACGAGCUUGUCGCGACGGUGCCCGACUGGCUCUCCUCCGCCAUCGCCGACCCGCCGCACAUCCUGAUGCCGAUGGCGACGGCCGUCGGCGACGCGAUCGACUUUGAGGCGCCGCAGUUCGGCAUCACUGUCCUCGGCGCCGCCGACGGCUUCACCGCCGCAGGCACCACGGCGGGCUUCAUUCUUUGGAUGCGUGGGCGGGGCAUCCUGGUGGACCCGCCCGCCCACUCUGCUCACUACUUGCGGCGCAACGGCAUCUCGAGCCGCAAGAUCACGCACGUCAUCCUGACGCACUGCCACGCGGACCACGACGCGGGCACCUUCCAGAAGAUCCUCCUCGAGCAGCGCGUGACCGUGCUCACGACGCGCACCAUCAUGGCCGCUUUCGUGCGCAAGUACGCCCUCAUCUCCGAGAUGAACUACGACUUUUUGCAGCGCCUCUUUUGCUUCCACUCGGUCAAGAUCGGGGAGCCCGUGCACUUCCAGGGCGGCUCCAUCAAGUUCUUCUAUUCGCUGCACGCGCUGCCAUGCAUCGGCUUCCGCGCCGAGCUCGCAGGCAAGUCCAUCGUCUACUCCUCCGACACGUACUACGACCCCGACGGCCUCGCAGCGCUGCAGCAGCGAGGAAUCAUCUCUGCCGAGCGGUGCGCCUCGCUCUGCACCGACUGCUCCGUCCAGCAGGCGGACCUACUGCUGCACGAGGCCGGCAUCGCGCCGAUCCACACGCCCUUCGACGCCCUCGCCAAGCUGCCCGACAACAUCAAGCGGUUCGCCAUCGCGGCAAUCCUGCUCGUCACCGACAUCUUCCGCAAGUUCGACGUUGAGUCGAUCGUCGACGUGCUCUCCGUCAUCACGACGCGGUCGUACUCCGCCGGCGAGCCGGCGGGGGACGAGGGCCGCUUCCUCCGCAUCGUCAAAGCGGGGAUAGUCAUGUACGAGCGCGACGGCGCGCGGCCCUCGCCACUGCGCCACUGCGACUACCUGAUCAAUGGCGCGCGGCCCUUCGAGCUGCGCUACUGCGACUACUUUGGCGAGGGGGAGCUGCUCACGGACGCGACGCACGCCGCGUCCGCCACCGCCGCCACUCGCGUCGAGGUGCUCGAGAUCGAGCGCGGCGACGUGCAGUACCUCUUCCGCCGCCGCCCCAACCUGAUGGCCCGGAUACAGCAGCGCGCCAAGCUGUCGUAUGACGCGUCUUGGGCGGCCAUCGGCGCGAACUCCGUCUUCAGCGGCUUCUCGAUGGCUCAGGUGACGCAGCUGCAGUCGGUCAUGCGGCAGCACGAGGUGGGGGAGGGGGAGGUAAUAUGGCGAAAGGGCGACGAGGUGCUCGACGUUGUCUUGGUGGGCGACGCGCGCCUUGCCUACCGCGAGCUGGCGGACGUGCGCGGCGCGACGAGGGAGGACCUGGAGCCGUUCGGGCCGGGCGCGCUACUCGUCAACGUAUACGCGCUCGAGAACCGGCUCCGGCAUGAGCUCACCCUCACCGCAGAGAGAGCCGGCACAAUCUUCCACGUCAUCGGCGAGGACCUGCUCGACUUUCUGGACAACAACCCCGGCGCCUUCAUCUGGAUGCGAGACACGCUCGUCGUCUGCUGACGCCGCCCGCCCUCGGCGCGGGCAGGCGGCGGGCGGCCCGGAGACGAGACGCAUCCAGAGUACGGCGAGAGCGGGACACACGCGACGGGAGGUGUGACGCGGUUACAUUGAGGGGAGUUGUCACGGGUGUGUGUGUCGAGCGAGAGGUAACCUGUUUAAACGCGCAAAAAAA